UCAGUCGGUACAUAUACGCAUGCAUUGGUAGAUGAGUGCAAAGAUUGGUGUGGUGUGAUUCGUCAGCAUUAGAUCUUGCUUAUUUUUGUCAUCCAAAAUUAAUAAUAAUAGUUUUAUAAUCUGGGAUCUGUUGACCACAUUGGUGCUUAUCAACGUUUGAUUAAACAACUGGAAAGUGAGCCGAGUGCUGAUAAAUAAGUCAUAAUGGCAAAAAUGGCGUUUCAACACCAGGCGGGGACCGCGAUGGAGUGCCUCAGCAUUCCCAUUACCCUGCACAAGGAAAAGGAUGUGGACGAAGAAGGACGUGAGGUGCUCAAAUGUGGUUUUAAAAUCGGAGGUGGCAUAGAUCAGGAUUUCAAAAAAAGCCCCCAAGGAUAUACCGAUUAUGGCAUUUAUGUAACGGAAGUCCAUGAAGGCAGUCCUGCGGCGAAAUCCGGUCUUCGAAUGCACGAUAAAAUUCUGCAAUGCAACGGUUAUGACUUCACCAUGGUUACCCACAAGAAAGCGGUCAGUUACAUUAGAAAAAACCCGGUGCUAAAUCUCCUCGUGGCGCGAAAGGGAGUUACCUCAACAUAAAAUAACAUCACUUUUAAGCUGUGCCGAAGGCGUGGACAUUUUGUUACAUUAGGUAUUAAUUUCUACUAUUAGAUCGUAUAUUAGCUUAAAAAAGUUAUAGGCAUUAUAGCCGAUUAGGUCUCGUCCGUGUUAGAAGUCUAAUUUAAGAUAGCUGCAACGUGGUUUUCACCAGCUUUUUGAUAACGUUUGUAUUAUUCAUUGCAUUCAGUGAAACAAUGGACUCUUAUAUUUAAGCGCAGAGUAUAUAUGACCAUUAACCCGAUAGGAGGGCAGAAAGCCUUUGGACGAUGCUUCGCUGACUUUCCAUUUUACUUAACAGCACAGAGUAAAAUUUCUAUCGGAUAUUUACACAUUAUUUACGUACACAGGGUUUGUAUAUCUCUACGUCUACAUUGUAGUUUUAAUCAUAAACAGCAGUUCGAAUUUAUUUUAUGUUUGUACCGCCGAAUGUUUUGCUUAAUUGUAUUUUAAUUUAAUAUAGAAAGUACACAGGAUUCUGUUUUUACACGAUUUUUUUUCGCUCGUAUGUUUGAUCGUGUGACUUCAACUAACCACCAAAAUCUUUGCAACA